UUACACACGGAACGACACGCGCGCGCAACGCUAUCGUUCGGAACGUUCGAAAUCGUAAAGAAGUGAAGAAGAAAUAAUAAUAAUCGCAACGACUACAUCAUCAUGACCGGUCGCGGUAAAGGAGGAAAGGGUCUGGGAAAAGGUGGAGCCAAGCGACACAGGAAAGUACUCCGUGAUAACAUCCAGGGUAUCACCAAACCGGCCAUACGUCGUCUGGCACGCAGAGGCGGCGUCAAACGUAUCUCCGGUCUGAUAUACGAAGAGACCAGAGGCGUUCUCAAAGUAUUCCUAGAGAACGUCAUCCGCGACGCCGUCACGUACACCGAGCACGCGAAGAGGAAGACCGUCACAGCCAUGGACGUCGUGUACGCCCUGAAGCGACAGGGACGCACCCUAUACGUUAGAAGUGUUCGUACAAUAAUGGCUCGUACUAAACAAACCGCUCGUAAAUCAACCGGUGGUAAGGCACCACGUAAACAGCUAGCCACGAAGGCCGCCCGUAAGAGCGCACCGGCAACCGGAGGAGUGAAGAAGCCUCAUCGUUACAGACCCGGUACUGUGGCACUUCGUGAGAUCCGUCGCUACCAGAAGAGCACGGAACUUCUCAUCCGCAAGCUACCCUUCCAACGUCUAGUACGUGAGAUAGCUCAAGAUUUCAAGACCGAUCUGCGUUUCCAGAGCUCUGCGGUGAUGGCUCUGCAGGAGGCUAGCGAGGCGUAUCUCGUAGGUCUCUUCGAAGACACGAACCUUUGCGCUUACAUCAUCAUGACCGGUCGCGGUAAAGGAGGAAAGGGUCUGGGAAAAGGUGGAGCCAAGCGACACAGGAAAGUACUCCGUGAUAACAUCCAGGGUAUCACCAAACCGGCCAUACGUCGUCUGGCACGCAGAGGCGGCGUCAAACGUAUCUCCGGUCUGAUAUACGAAGAGACCAGAGGCGUUCUCAAAGUAUUCCUAGAGAACGUCAUCCGCGACGCCGUCACGUACACCGAGCACGCGAAGAGGAAGACCGUCACAGCCAUGGACGUCGUGUACGCCCUGAAGCGACAGGGACGCACCCUAUACGGUUUCGGCGGUUAAACGUUCGGCGUGUCUAUACGUAUAUAACCGGCUCCCGACUACGUGAUAUAAAGCAGAAGAGGAACAACAACAACACCAACACCAACACCAACACCAACACCAACACCGACACCGACAACAUCAUCAUGACGAUAUCAUCUCAUCGUCACGAAUAAUAAAGUGAAGAAAUGUCGUCUUGUCAAUAUAUAUACAUGUGUGUAUAUAUAUAUAUAUAUAUACGUCUCGCGUGUGACUGAGUGACCGAUCGAGCGAGUGCCUGUGCCUGUGCCGAUUCUUCUCCGCCCGACUGCCCGACUCCCGACUCCGACUCCGAGUUUAAUAUACGUAAUUUUAGGUAACUGCCUUUUAUAUGAUACCACACAUCUGAUCUCUCACCCAGUCAUCUUAAUCGACCAAUCUGGGAGUGGACUAUCGGCCAAUCGGAAACGUUGACCUUGAAGCAAUUCCUCGUCUGUGAUUGGUGCUCGUUAUUUUAUCAAAAUUUUAAUUAUGACAAUAAUCAGUGUAUCUUGGAUGUGUCGAAGUGAAAGAAGUCUUCGCUUUUAAAAGUGACUAAGGAAUUUGUUUUAAAAUUGUGUAUAUAGAGUUUGUGGUCAUACAAUUAAAGGAAAAAGAAAUGCA